AUGAGAAAUGAAUCUUAGUACACAGAAAGUCAAAGGUUCAGCAGUUUUGCUGCUCAAUCAUUUGUUUCAGAGCUAAAAAAAAUGCUCAAUGAGGAUGUGUUUAAUGAUGAAGGAAAGAAAGCUAUAAUUUAAAGGAUUGAAGAAAAACUUUUGGACAAUAAAUAUUUAGAUAUUAUAGAAAUUUUGAAGUAAAAUAAGGAUAUAAAUAUUUUUAAAAUAUGGGAUAGAAAAGGUUUGACUCUAAUUCACAGAAUGACCUUGCAUAUGAAAAUUAAUGAAGUCAAAUUUAUAGUUUAGUAUGGUUGCGAUUAUCUGAAAGACUCAGCAUAAAAAAAUAAGAUUAUUAAAAAAUGGAUAAAUUUUUAAAAUGAGGACGGAUUUACUGCUCUUCAUUAUGCUUCUUUUAAGGGAGAUGUAGAAAUAACAAGAUACCUUAUUUCGUAAGGUAGUAAUGCAUUAUUAGUUAAUAAAAAUGGAUUAAAUGUUCUUCAUAUUGCUGCAUAAGGCGAUUAGCCUAUAUCAAUAUGCUACUUUGAUAGCUUGGGAGUAGAUCUUAACUUAACUGAUCACAAAGGCGGUACUGCGCUCCACUGGGCAUGUUACCUUGGAAGCGAAAAUGCAGUGAACUACCUUGUAUCUAAGAUGAAGGAUAAAUUAAACAACGCAGAUGGAGAAGGAUUAACUCCAUUGCAUUUAGCAGUAAUAAGUGGAAACGCUAGAGUAGUAAGAAAGCUUUUGCAAAGAGGAGCUAACAGAAAUGCAUUAGAUAAUAACUAAAAAACUCCAGCUUAGUUAGCUGAUGAAAAUGAAUUUCAUAAUAUUUAGCAAAUGCUGGAAAAAACAGGAGGAUUUCAGGAAUAUUGCAACAUAAAAUAACCUUUCAAACCUAUGGAUAAAAAUCCAAGACAGCUUUUAGUGCUUUUCCUUCUACUAUUUUUCUCUUAGGGAACAAUUAUUGCAUUUAUUAUACCUUGCCUAAGCUAUCAUUAUAUUGAAUUAGGAAUUUGGGCAUUUUUUUUAUUUGGAACUCUCUUUAGUUUAUUUUUCGCGUGGUUGAAAAAUCCUGGAGAAGUUAAUGGAAUUGUUUAAAAUAAGUUAGAAUAAAGUUAAAAUAUUUCAGAAAAUGAAUAAUCUCAUGAAAACUAAUUUGAUUAAGCAUAGCAGUCCACCCCAAGAUUAAAUGAGCAUAUUACUCGCUCUAACGUGAACAAUUCUAUGAAUGAAGCUUAAGAUUUAAACUAAAAUCUCAUUUAAGACAUUAACAUAAAUAAUUAAAUCAGUGAUUUGAGUUCAUAAAAAAAGACUUCAUGCAAGUAGAGGGAAGUAGAAACUUUAAAUUUUUUAAUAAGUCUUUAUUAAAAUAAUGAUGUAAGCAAAAUUUGUGUGGAGUGCUGCAUAGUAAAGCCUAAGAGAUCACGUCAUUGCGAAAUUUGCAAAAAGUGCAUUAGAGUAUAUGAUCAUCAUUGCCCAUGGAUUAAUAAUUGUGUAGGUGCAAAUAAUUAUAAAUACUUCAUAAUGUUUAUUCUUUUUAUGUGGUUCAAUAUGCUAGUUGGAUUGCUUUUGAUACUUUUCCACAUAACUUCAAACUACAGUGAUGAGCACAUUUCUCAAGACAGCUGGAUAUUUAAUUGGUAUUCAGAUUUAUCAGCCUAAACUCAAGACACAAUUUAAAUUGUAAAGUACGUAGUUUCAGGUUUAGUGACACUUUUGAUUAUUUUUUUCUUCGUUCUUCAUUCUAUUUUGUGCUUCGUUUAAUUGAAUAAUCUUUUCCUUAACUAAACUACAUUUGAAAGAUAUAACACUCAUUAAUAACAUGGAAACGAAGUAGAUAAUAAUGGAGAUGGUGCUAAUGUUGUAUCAUCUAAAAAAAGUGAAUAAUCUUCUACUACAGAUGCAAAUCCUUCCAUAAUUUAAUCAAACUCUAGAACUUCUAAUUAAUAAAAUAGAAACAAACUAGUGUAUGGAGUAAAAAAAGUUUCAUUCAAAAACGCUUAUUUAAUGUGUAUAUAAAAUUCUAAAGAUCCAUAAUACGACUACGCCCCUCCAAUUAAGAACAUCAACAACAACUAACAGCAAUCUCCCUGA